AUGUCCAGCGCUGUGCUGGGGGCGGUGGUGCGGCUCUUCGUCUGCGGGGAGCCUGUCACCCGCCCUCACUCCGAGCCCUCCAUCCUCUUCUGGCGGCACCGCCGGCAGGCCGACCUGGACCUCGACCGUGGGGAUUUCGCGCAGGGGGCCCAGCACCUGCGGACGGCGCUCGGGGCGCUGGGGCGGCCGCUGCCGGCGUCCCACGGGGACCUGGCCUGCAGCCUGCUCUGGACCCUCCUGCGCCACCUGCUCCAGCGCCUCUGGGUGGGCCGCUGGCUGGCUGCCCGUGCUGGGGGGCUGCGCCCGGACCCCCCACCCCCUGCCCACGUCCGCCAGAGCGCCCGCGAUGCCGCCAUGGCUUACCACCGCCUGCACCAGCUGCACCUUGCCGGGAAGCAGGCUGGGGGGCACCUGCUGGCCAUCAACCUGGCGCUGAGCGCCGUCAACCUGGCCGAGUGUGCCGGCGAUGCCAUCUCCGUGGCAGCGCUGGCUGAGAUCUACGUGGCAGCCGCCCUGCGGAUCAAGGCCAGCCUGCACCGCUGCUUCCACUUCCUGGCGCGCCCCUUCCUCUGCAGUGCCCGGCGCGUGGCCCUGUCCCACGGUGGGGCCGUGCCCCCUGCCAUGCAGUGGCUCUGCCACCCCUUGGGCCACCGCUUCUUCGUUGAUGGGGACUGGGCAGUCAAGGGUGUCCCCAGGGAGACCAUUUACAGCUCUGCUGGCAACCCAGUGGACCCGCUGGCGCAGGUGACCCAGCUCUUCCGUGAACACCUCCUGGAGAAGGCACUGUGCUGUGUGGCCAUCCCCGAGCCCGGUCGCCCCACUGCCCAGGGAGAGGGGCGGUUCUCUGAUGCCCUCGAGUACCUCCAGCUGCUCAAUGGCUGCUCGGAUGUCAGUGGCACACCUGGCCCCACGCCUUCCAUCACCUCCGGCUUGGCGGCUGUCACAGGCACCGACCCCGUGUCCAAGUGGUGGGCGUCCUUCAUUGGCAUCGUUAUCCACUGGCUGCAGGGAGAUGAGGAGGGGGCUGAGCGCCUCUACCCGCUGGUGGAGACCAUGCCCCGGGCACUGCAGAGUUCUGAGAAGCCCCUUCCCCGCGCUGCCCUGCACUCCUUCCGAGCCGUCCGCGCCUUGCUGAGCAAGCAGGACGGGAGCCAGGCCACCCUGGGCCACUGUGAGAAGGCCAGCAGCUGCCUGCGGGAGAGCCUGGAGCUGGGCAGCCCCCCCAAGGCCACCAUCGACAAGGCGGUCCAGCUCCUGCUGUGUGACCUGCUCCUGGUCACCCGCACCAACCUGUGGCAGCAGCAGAUGGGGGCCAGCCAGCAGCGCAGCUGCCUCUACCAGGCGUCUGCCCUGGAGCUCCGGGGCUUCCAGCAGGAUCUCAGCAGCCUGAGGCGCCUGGCGCAGACCCUCCGCCCCGCCAUGCGCCGGGUGUUCCUGCAUGAAGCCACUGCCAGGCUGAUGGCCCGGGCCAGCCCCACGCGCACCCACCAGCUGCUGGACCGCAGCCUGCGCAGGAGAGGGGUGCAGGGCAGCAAAACAGCCGGGGAGCCGGAGAGCCACCCCACGCCCCGGGAACACGCCGAGGCGCUGCUGCUGGCCUGCUGCUACCUCCCACCCAGCUUCCUGGCGGGCCCGGGGCAGCGCGUGGGAAUGCUGGCCGAGGCCGCCCGCACGCUGGAGAAGCUGGGAGACCGCCGGACGCUGCACGACUGCCAGCAGAUGAUCAUCAAGCUGGGCAGCGGCACCACCGUCACGUCGGGAUAGGUGGGGAGGGGCUGCCAGCCCCCCGCCACCCCUCCGGGUGCGGGAUGUGGGGUGACAGGGGGCACGUGCCUCAGUUUCCCCGCAGGACACGGUGUUGGGGAGCGGUGUUUGAGAUGAAAGGGUGGCUGGGGAGGGGCAGGGUAGUACCUGAUGUGGGUGCGGGGGUUUCCCAGCGUGGGGCAGCCACACGUGGGGUACCCCGGGUGGGCUCUCCACCCCACGGCCGUGUCCGUGUCCCCAGCCCGCGUGGGGGAUGAGGUGUGGAGACCUCUAGUGACACUGUCACAGUAUUGCAGGGCACGGGACGCUCGGCAGCUGCCCCCGGUGUCACCUGUACCCCCCAGUGCCACCCGUGCCCCCUGUGCCCCCUGUACCUCCCAAUGCGCAGGAUGGGACCCCUGCCCGGCCCACCGUGGAUCCCACUGCUGCAACACCCCUUGUUUUUGGGGCUUUGCCCCCACUAUGAGGGGUAGGUUUGGCUUCAUGGCAGCAGCAAAGCGACCUCUCCCCAGCCAUGCCCAUGGUAGGCAAGAGGGGACCCCCACCGCCCACCCUAUCCCCCACCCCCAGCACUGACCAGUCGCCCCAUUAGGAGCUGCCACCACCCCUGAGCAUGGACAGGCUUUUGGAGAAGGGAUGGCAGGGUGGCACGGGGCUCCUGGGGGGCCGGUGGGUGCCCCCGUGCCCUUGCUUCAUCCCUCUUGUAUAUAGACCCCACCCCUUGGCUCCCCCUGCUCCCUUUUUCCCUUUUUAAACGGUAUUUUCAUAGUUGGAGAGUUUUGUACAGACAAUUAAAGCUGAUUAUUUAUA